AUGGCCUCCGAAGAAGAUUUCCAAAAAGCCUCCGAAGAAGAUCUCCAAAAGGUCUCCGAAGAAGAUCUCCAAAAGGCCUCCGAAGAAGAUAUCCAAAAGGUCUCCGAAGAAGAUUUCAACAAGGCCGCCGCCAUUAUCGAGGGCCUUGUUAGGGCAGACAAACCCAACAACGAGGAGAAGCUGAAGGCCUACGGUUUUUUCAAGCAGGGAUCAGGCAACGAUUAUGCGACAGCCACUGCACCCGGGACGUUUGAUUUCAAGGGCAAGGCGAAGUAUCGAGCUUGGGGCGACGUGAAGGAUAUUCCCGUCGACGACGCGAAGAAGCAAUAUAUCGAUCUCGCGAACGCACUAAAGGAGAAAUAUGAAAAAUAA